CUCCAUUACAUAUCCUGGCCCCGGUCUCUUCUUGAUAGUAUUAGCACGUUUAAAUGAUCUCUCAGGCGAAGGGAAUUGUUGGGAGAGCCGCGGUACCACGAAACCAUUGUUGUUGGGGAAUAGCAGGCCUCGGGUUUGUAUAAGAUGGGCUUUAAUAUUCUCGCUCUACCUAGCUCCUACACUGACGAAUAUUGUGAGUAACUGUCAGCCUCACCGCAGAGUAGGGGCUACAAAAGCAAGAGGCCGCGAUGAUCGGAACGUCGACUGCUGAGUAUAUCUUUAUUCGUACCUGCAUACUCUUUCUUCACAAUAUUGCUCCUGUUGGUAUCUUGGUCACCAUUCGGCUGUUACUCCGUCCGUAUCUCCCCCAAUUUAUUGGUUGCUUUCAUAUCCCAUUUCCCAUCGAAGCUUGGCUGGUGAUUGAGGCGGUUUUUUUUAUUACGGUCUUCCUACCACUCCGAUACCGCCUCAAACGCUCUACAAUCUAUUCUGAACCCCUAUCACAAGAGGAGAGAGACAAACUGUUUCGAUACUGCAACAGCAAUGUGGUGAAUCUAGAGGAGUAUCUUAGGCGUUGGCUAAUGAUCGCAAAGGAUGGAUAUAUCAAGCGUGAAAAUGUCAAGGAUUUUAUCAGAUGGGCGUUCUUUCAUACUGAACAGGUACAGGAGCAAUAUGAGCCUCAAGUCGAAGCUUAUACAAGAGAGACAGAGAAAUUGUUUGGAAGAGAACUGCCACCUGGAAGGGACAAUGCAAAGAGUUUGGGGCAGAUUCUAAAUGAGUUUGAUGGUUUGCAUCGCAGUCUCCUAUGGUAUACCUGUAUCUUUGUAGUUGACACUGCGAUGUAUUGUGCGAUGUUGUCUCAUGGAUUCAACCCCCACCGCACCUCCCUCCGGCGCUUCUUUACUAUCUUUCCUUUCCGUCCCCCCACGUUAUUCUCUACUCACAUGUCACCGGCCAAACAUCUUACGUACUGGCAUCGGCAGCAUACAUCGAAGAGCCGGCUACCGGUGCUAUUCAUACACGGUAUCGGCGUUGGACUGUAUCCAUAUACUAGGUUUCUCGGAGACCUCGCCAAAGAAGGCGCCAGUGCAGAUGGCGAAAUUGGAGUUAUUGCGCUCGAGAUUAUGCCCGUGAGCUCACGCAUCACUCAUUUCGCACUGGAGAAAAAUGUUAUGGUCGGUGAAAUCUGGGAAAUUGUCAAGUUCCAUGGCUGGAGCAGCUUUGUGCUUGUCUCUCAUUCUUAUGGUUCCAUUAUCGCGACUCAUCUCCUCAAAUCCAGUCUCACUGCGCCUCUUGUUGGCCCGACCAUGUUUAUUGACCCGAUCUCAUUCCUCCUCCACCUCCCAGACGUUGCCUACAACUUUACGGCCCGCCAACCGGUGCGACCGAACGAACAUGAGGUGUGGUACUUUGGGAGUAAGGAUAUCGGAGUUGCGCAUACCUUGGCUAGGAGGUUUUGUUGGAGUGAUAAUAUCAUCUGGAAGCAGGAUUUGGGUUUAAAAAACGAAGAUAACAAGAGAAUGGGCAGGGAUGUUACUGUUGUGUUAAGUGCGAAGGAUCUUAUUACGGAUACGGAAGCCGUUGGACGUUACCUUAUGAGCUCUUUGCCAGAUGGAAUUGUAUCAGAAACAACACUGACCAAUUGCAAAACCAAGGAUGUGGCGGGAGAAUGGAAAACGCGGCCGUGGGUAGGAUCAGGGCUUGAGAUCCUCUGGUUUGAAGAAUUAGAUCAUGCGGAGGUUUUUAAUUUUGAGAAGACCAGGGGACUUGUUAUCAAGGCGAUAUCUGUAUACUCAGGUACAGGGUGAAAAUAUUGCUGGAAACCUUAUCAGGUACGAGAGGUCGAAUAACCUAGACGAUAACACUCUUUAUAACAGCUUCAAUAUACACACGUUUACUAG